AUGGCAUCUUCUUCUUCUUUGACUGUUUCCCUACCCUCCCUCCCUCCCUCGCUCGCUCCUCUACACGCCUCCAUGGAUCCACCCAAAAACUUCACACCACCACCAAUUCUCUUUCCCUUCCCCUGUUGUAGAGACAAUAGAAAAACAACAAAUAGCACACUUCUCGAUAAGUUCAUCAACAAGAUCAGGUUCUUGGCCAUCGAUGCUGUCGAGAAGGCCAAUUCCGGACAUCCGGGUUUGCCCAUGGGAUGCACCCCGAUGGGCCACAUAUUGUAUGACGAGGUCAAGAGGUAUAACCCCAAGAACCCCAAGUGGUUCAACCGCGAUCGCUUCGUACUCUCCGUCGGCCAUGGAUGCAUGCUCCAGUAUAUACUUCUCUACACCUGA